AUGUCAACCAGCAUAUUACAAUCAACAAGUCUAGAGACAUCACCUAUCAAAUCACUACUAGAAACUACUAAUAGUAGUAGUGAUACAACUUGUAAAAGAAGUAUAUCAAAUCUAUAUGAUUAUUUCAAACCAACUCAACAACAACAAGAUAAUCUUUUAAAAAAAGUACAAGAAAAAGAAGAUAAAGAAGAGGAUAGUGAUAAUAAUAAACAAACAAAAAAGAAACAAAAAUUGGAAACUAAAAAAGUGACCAUCCCAUCUUCAUUAUCACCAACCUCUUCAACUUAUACUCGAUCAAAAUUAAUUGAAUCAUUAGCAUUAUCACCUGCUAAACCAAAAUUAAAUAAUAAUCAAAAUAAUAAUAAUAAUAAUAAUAGUAUUGGUGGUAGUAAUGUUAAAGUAUGGGAUUGGAAACAAGCAUCAUUAAAUGCAUUUUCAAACAAUCCAUCAAAGAUUUUAGAUAAAAAUACAGGUGCUCUGUCCACCACAAAGAAGAAAUCAAAUACCAAAUCAUUUGCAAUAUCGGAAAGCGAUAGAUAUGGUGUUGCCAAUUUGGAACAAACAUUUAUCGAUGCUGGACAAAAAAAUGCUGGUCAAACAGUAUGUAAAAAGUGUAAAAUGUUAUACUUUAGAGGAAGUAAAGAAGAUGAACAAGCUCAUAAUAAAUACUGUUCUGCUACUUUAAAUCCAACUAAAAUAGUUAUAAAAAAUUGGGCAAAUACUUUAAAGAUUUUAAAUUCAUUUGAAAAUGGAGAUGGAAUAGUUUGUAUAAAUAUUGAUGAGAAUAAUGGACCAAUCAAGUCAAAGAUUGAUGCAAUUAAAAAGAUGGUGAACGAUCAAUUGGGAUAUAUUGGUGAUAAUAAUAAUAAUGAAAAAAAGAAUCAAGACAAGGAAGAAGAAGAUGAUGAUGAUGAUGAUGAAAAGAAAUUAUUAAUGUAUAUGGACAAGAAUGGUCAAGUACUUGGUUGUUUGUUUGCCGAGUGUGCCAAUACUGCAUACCGUAUUUUGGAGAAUAAGGAAAAAGAAGACACCACUCUCAGCACCAACAAACAAGGUGAAAAGGUCAAAUGUGGAAUCAAUAGAAUUUGGACAUGUUCAAGUAGUCGUAGAAAGGGAAUCUCUCCGUCGAAACAUGUUUUACGGAUACCAUCUCUCCAAGAAUGA